UUUAACAAUUUGCAUUUCCUAAUGGAGAUUCCCGGCCAAGAUAGAGUACCCCCAAGGCACCUUGAGGAGGUCAAGAGAGUCAGAUCCCAUUUCAACAAUACGAAUAAGCCUAGUUUCAAAUUCGAAAAGAUCAUAGGAACCGGUGCACGCGGAUUUGCUGUGGAGCUGAGGAUAAAAGACGAAUCUGGUCCAUCACUGACUCCACCAUUGCCAGAAGGUCCAUCACUGAGCGGUCCAUCACUAAGUAGCCCGUCAUCAAGCGGCCCGUCAUCAAGUGGCCCAUCAUUAAGCGGCCCCCUAUCGUUACUUCAUAUGAUACCAUCAUAUUCUUCACGGUUGAUUGGCUCACCAGCAGCUGAUCCGUUAUUUAGUAAACUACCGCCAAUCAGCCCAGUAUGGGCUGUUCCAUCAAGGGAAUUGCUACUACCAGUAGCUCCUUCACUAUUAUCUGGUCCAACACCAGCGAAGAAGAAAAUAGAAAGAUUCGUGAUGAAAAGAGCCUUUGACAGAAAGGACGACGAAACCAUCUCUAGAGAGUUUGAGUUCCUCCGGAGACUCCGAGGAGCCCAAAAUAUCCAACAACUAUACCGCUUGCCGAACGAGACAGAAGAUCUGAAAUUGAACUACCUACCAGGCCCAACAUUAUUCACGGAAUGGAUUCCAAAUGGCCAAAUUCGGGAUUUGGUAAUGACACGACCUGAUUGGAACCAUCCUUUACCCAAUCGAAUGCUUUGGAGAUGUUUCUUAUGCAUGUGUCACAUGCUCAUCGCUAUGGCUUGGCCCCCUGAGGGAAAUCCAAAUGCACCUUCAGCCAAGCCAGAGCUUCCGCCGAAUAAUUCGCUUGGCGUCCGACCGCAGAAAUCUACAAUGAGACAUAACGAUAUAAAUAUUGGGAAUAUUAUGUUUGGAGAUUUUGAUUGCAUGGCACAUCGACUUGUCCCCAUUCUCAAACUUAUCGACUUUGGACAAGCCAGUAAUUCCACCGAUUCCUUCCAAUAUACAGAGGAAUCAGCGGUCCGACAAAAUAUGCUUAGAAUUGCCGAGGUAAUGGUCAACUUGAUAGGAGGUGCGGUUACGAUGAAUCCAAGGGGGAUUCAAGAUAUGGAAGUUACUAUAAAUGGGGAGAAGAAAACCAUAAAAUCACGCGCGAAAGAUUUGGAUGGACUUAGUGGAUACGGGGCGACUAAUGCUAUCAUUCAAAGACACAAGGAGUGGUUGGACAACUUAGAUACCGAUCUCAGAGACCUCCUGGUGCUGUGCCUAGCAACUGACGAAAACAUGCGGCCGACUCUAGAACAGCUUUACGAAGAGGUUCGGCGUAAUGUUACAGAAAAGACCCGAGGAUCGUAUGCUGGUAAAAGAUGGCAGGACAAUGAAUCAGACGAGUCACUACGUACUAUCUCGAGGAAUUUAAUAGUGAAUCCCGCCAAUAAAUCUAGUUGAAGGCAACUAAAGAUACC